AUCAGAGCUGGGUAGGUGGCGGCUCCUCUACCUGGCGCUGUGAAAGCUGAAGAUCAAGAAGAGGAGAAGAAGGAGGGCAUCCAUCUACGGGAGACGCCGAUCUCCUCCCCGACCUCUCCGCGAUCUCCUCCCCGACCUCUCCGCGAUAUCCCUCUUCGAAGAAACCGAGCGAUUCUUCAAUGGCGAUGGCGAUGAUCUCGAGGUUCUGCAUCCCGCGACGGCGAUGAUCUCGAGAUUCUGCAUCCCGCCUGCAUCCCGCGUCUCUCUCUUCGUCGAAGCAGAAGCAACAGUGACGGAGUCGAUGUUCUCACUGGCCCUGAAGUCUUCAGUCUUUCUGACCUUUUAAAAAAGGAGAAGAAAACAAAAUCGGUUGAGUGCCUUUGAAUAGAAACUGGCCUUUGACUACAAAUAAAAAAUAAGAAGAAAACAAAAUCAGUUUAGUGCCUUUGAAUAGAAACUGGCCUUUCUUUGAGGGUUACUUAGGCUUCUUCUCGGAGAUUUCAACGUCAGUACUGCUGUGAAUACUGAAGGUGGGGAAGAGCAAGAUGGGAACACCUGUGACAAGUCAAGAAUUGAAGGAGAUCCUGGAGGGGGUGGCCAGGGUAUUUCAGACCAAACUAGAGGAGAAUCCUAGUAGGUCAGUCGUGGCCGUACCAGAGUCGGCGCAGGUAAUGCAGAGGGUAAAAUUGUUGCCUAAUGACAUCAAGCUUGAGGGGACAAGGAACUAUCUUAGUUGGUCUCGGAGGGCAUUGUUAAACCUUCGAAUCAAAGGACUUGAAAAAUAUGUGAAGGGGGAGUGCACUGAGCCGGAGAAUAAGGCGAGUGUUGAGUGGAACACAUGGAGUAACACUAAUUCUCUAGUGGUUUCUUGGUUGUUGACUUCUGUGUCUCCAACCAUAGCUGGGAUUGUGGAGUCUAUCUCAAGUGCAGCUGAUGUCUGGAAGACAUUGGAGGGGAUGUAUUCUGGAGCUGGGAGUGUGAUGAUGAUGAUGGAAGUGGAGGAGAAGAUUGAUGCUACCACACAAGGGGAGAAGACAGUCCACCAGUAUGCAGCAGAGCUACGUCACUUAUGGGCGGAUUUGGAUCACUAUGAUCCGUUAUCACUACAAAACCCAGCAGAUGUUCUUUUGGGGAGGCAGUAUCUUGAGCGUAGGCGUGUGGCUCGUUUUCUCAAGGGCCUGAACUCAAAGUUUGAGGGAAGGAGGGCAGCAAUGUGUCACCUGUCAUCUCUCCCCUCCUUAGAUGAGGCUAUUGCAUCGAUGGAACAAGAAGAGAUCAGACAGAAGGUGAUGACAGGUGAGACCUCACCUGUUGUCCGCUCAGCAUUGGUGGUUCCAGAUGCUCACAUCAGAGAUGAUAGAGAGUGCUACAAUUGUGGAAAGAAAGGGCAUCUCAGCUAUAAUUGUCCUCAACCACGCAACACUGGUGGCAGCCGAGGGGGCAGAGGACAGAGAAGUAGCCGUGCAGGUCGAGGAAGCAGGGGACGUGCAGGCCGAGGAGUUGCUCAUCUAGCUGUGGCAGAGGAGUCACAGACUACUACUGGGAUGACUGGGGCUGAAAUAAUAGAGCUGGAGGAACUACGUCUGUUUAAGCUUCAGGCUGAGAGUUCGAAGGGCAAGGGACAAGUCACUCAGGAUCUGGAUAACACUACAUGCUUUGGUAACUUUGUUGGUUAUGCUCAUGCUUACAAAGGAGAAGGAAACGGGGAGGAGGAUUGGGACUGGCAUCAGGCGUGAUGGCCUUUGGUACUUGGACAGGGAAACUGCAAUGAUUGUUGCUGCUGUUAGUGAAGGACCAGAGGCAGAAGCAAUGCUUCAACAUUGCCGACGAGGGCAUUUAUCUUUUGAUAGUUUGAGUAGAUUAGAACCUGAGAUAAUGCAAAAGGUGGAUAGAAAAGAGUUAUUUUGUAAUGCUUGUGAACUUGGAAAACAUACUCGUUCUACUUAUAAAAUGAUUGGCCUUCGAAGUUGUGAACCAUUUGCACUUGUCCAUUCUGAUGUUUGGGGACCAUGCCC